GAUCCCAAUUCUAUUCCUAUUCUUCUGGAACACACAUCUAAAGCUGAGGAAACGCAAAAAGCCCCAGUAAAUGCAGAAGUAACGGAAAUCAUUCAAGCAGUAGAAAGCCAAGAGAGUCUGCUGGAGGAUAUACAGAAUGACAUUCACCAAGCUGCCAGCCAUCUCAUGGAGCUACAGAAUGCCUUGGGACAUAACAUUUCUAGUGAAUUUACCACGAGUCACAAUGAAUCAGACACUGCUGAAGAUAAAGAUUUAGAAAUAGAUGACCGUCUCCUCCGAGAAGUGUUUCUACCACAUGUGGAAAACUUCCUAAAGGCUCAUUUUAACCCUGUGUGGAACAGCUUUAACAAAAGUCUACAGAAUCUGAACAGCAUGGUCAAGAACCUCUCUGAAAAUGUUGAAUCCAACAGAAAGAGAUUGGAUACAUUCCUGGAGAACACUGUACCCAAGAAAGACCUUUAUGAGCUGGGAACAAAAUUUGAAUCAAAGAUUCAGGAAAAUGUUGACAAACUUGAACAGCUAAAACAUGACAUGGCCAACCAUUUUCAUACACAGCAGGCUGUAAUCCACUUUAACUUCACCAUGUUUAAAACAGACACAGACAUGAAGUUGAAGAGGAACUUGAAGAUGCAACAGUCACAGUAUUCCUAUUUGAACUUUAGUAUUAGUGAACUUCGAAGAGGUCAGGAGCAAAUUCAGGAUGAUAUAUUCGAUUUAUCUCAGAAUAUCACAUUACAGUGUGGACAAAGAGAAGGGGAAGUGGUAUCAAUUACAAACACGCAGAUUAAUGAUACUCUUAGAGUGCAUGAGAAAGAGAUUCAAGAAUUACUAACAGAGCAAGAUGUCAUUUUUGAGAAUAUUUCUACUCUGGAGAAAUGGAUUAAAGAGCUUCGCACAGAAUUUAAAAAGAAUACUGAAAGGGUACAGGUUCAGUUCAUGGAGAAAAGUCUCAUUCUGGAGGAAUACAAAGUCUUAAUUCAACGACAGAUAAUGGAACUUAAUUACACUAUUGCCAGUAUACAAGAUAGCAUUGAUGAGCUUUUCAAGGAUUGCGACUGUCACAAAAUGAAUGCAGACAUUCUUGCUCUUGUGGAAAUACAGAGGAAUUUCUCUAACCAGUAUAGGGACAUUUUGUAUGGAAUUGAAGAUGUGAAACAAAAGGAAGGAAGUUCAAAGAUAUCAUUGCAAAAUUCAGUUGAAGAUCUCUCAUUGGAACUCCAACUUAACCGCCAGUCUCUAACAGCCCAGCAAGAACAGGGACGAAAGCUUAUGCAUAUCACCAAUCAGCUGCAAUCUCAAGCUACAAACUUUACCGAUGAUGUUAAAUUUCUCAGGUUAGAAAACAAUCAAAUUCAUAAUCAUAUCAAACAUCUGGGCAGUUCAUUCAGU